UCACAACACUGUCCGAAGAUCAAAACCGAACCCCAAAAUCACUCUAGUCCAACUGCAUUUUGUCAUCAUUCUGUUUCGCCACAAAGUCACGUGUUGUGACAUUGUGUUCACAUGACUCCAUCUUCUAGCCAAUUGGAUGCCACCUUUCAAUCUGAGUUAACCAAGAGGAAAGGGAAAAAAUAAUUUUCCCUUUGCCUGUCGUUCGGUUUUUAUUAAUCUUUUCGCAAACGUCGAAAGUGGUGGCCAUCUGCUUCCAGUAGCACCAAAGGUGACUGUGUGGUGACCACUGGCCCCUGCAUUUUUGAACUGCUCCUGUAAGAUCCUAAGUCAUUCACCCAAUCCUAUAUCCUCACCAUGGAGCCCAACAAAGUGCAGUCUGAAGGAGGGCUCAAUGUCACUCUAACUAUUAGGCUCCUAAUGCACGGCAAGGAGGUUGGCAGCAUCAUAGGCAAGAAAGGGGAAACUGUGAAGAAGAUGCGUGAGGAAAGUAGUGCACGCAUAAAUAUUUCAGAGGGGAACUGCCCAGAGAGGAUAGUUACCAUCACAGGACCCACAGAUGCCAUAUUCAAGGCCUUCGCCAUGAUCGCAUACAAGUUUGAAGAAGAUAUCAUUAACUCUAUGAGCAACAGCCAGGCCACAAGUAAGCCUCCAGUGACCUUGCGCUUAGUGGUGCCGGCCAGUCAGUGUGGCUCUCUAAUUGGGAAGGGGGGCUCCAAGAUCAAGGAGAUGAGGGAGUCUACAGGGGCUCAGGUGCAAGUGGCUGGAGACAUGCUGCCCAAUUCCACUGAACGUGCAGUCACGAUCUCAGGUGCUCCAGAGGCCAUUAUCCAGUGUGUGAAGCAGAUCUGUGUGGUCAUGUUGGAGUCCCCACCCAAAGGUGCUACAAUUCCAUACAGGCCGAAGCCUGCCACUGCACCAGUCAUUUUCUCUGGGGGCCAGGUAAGAGCAGACACACUGACAGCUCCGGCCACAGCCAACCUCAGCUUGUUACUGCAGCAUCAGCCUCUGCCUACCUACACCAUUCAGGGACAAUAUGCCAUUCCACACCCAGACCAGUUGACAAAGCUUCAUCAGCUGGCUAUGCAGCAAACCCCCUUUACCUCCCUCGGACAGACCACCCCCGCUUUCCCUGGUGUGGAUGCCAGUUCACAGGCCAGUACUCAUGAACUCACCAUUCCAAAUGAUCUAAUAGGCUGCAUAAUCGGACGUCAGGGCACCAAAAUUAAUGAAAUCCGUCAGAUGUCUGGGGCUCAGAUCAAAAUUGCUAAUGCCAUGGAGGGGUCAUCAGACCGUCAGAUCACCAUUACGGGAACACCUGCCAACAUCAGCCUGGCACAGUACCUCAUAAAUGCCAGGUUCAGAGAUGUGGCAGCCAUGUGGACUGACCCUUCGACCAUGACAACCUCCUGAAGUCACAUUAUGCUCUGUUUAGAUGUUCUGUUCUUGAAUUGUUUUGGGCCUCAUUAGUUUUCGUAAAACCUGGGAAUUAUAGUUUGUUCUUCAGGAUUUUUGAAUUGCAUUUAGUGUAAUUCAGACAGUCAAUUCAAUCAUUCCAGAAAAAAAAAAAGCUUCACCCGAAAGGAGCCUGUUUUUAUUAUCUACACUGAAAGUUCUCUUCAGUCUAAAAUAUUAUAAUAAGCAACAUGUAUUUAGGUAAUUUUGGAACUGUGUUUGUGUACAAUAAUAUGAUGAAUUGUCUUAUUAAUUAGAUAUAGUUUAGAGUUUUAGCACUGAAACUUAGCAUGCUGAAUGUCUAGCAGUUGUUAUUGCUCUUAUUUAUUUAAAUUAACUGCUUUCUCAAUAUUUUACGGUAUAUUAAAAAUGUAUUCAAGUUAUCAUUCAUGUAAUGUGAGCAAUAAAUUGUAUUAAAAUGCGCUUUAUUUAACUUCCAUAAGUGGCAAAACAGGCUGUCAUAAAUGUUGUGAUUUUAGAAAAAGAGAAAACUGAUUUCCAAUUAAUUUUAAUUAUGAAACGAAACUGUUUUACAGUGAGGAUGACACCAGUGUAAAUUCAUUGUCAGUUUAUAAUUUAUAACACACAAUAUAUUU